AUCGGCGGAGGAUGCGUUCGGGAAGGACAGGCGGGGAGAGAAGAGAGAAGAAGGAAAAUGCUGUAGAGAGGGUUCACAGGACAUGAACAAGUGCGCAUCCGUCGGAAGCCAGCGGCGUGCGGUCGAAGGAAACCGAAUAUGAAAGAUUUAUUGAAAGGGGCAGUUUGAGCUAUUAUUUCAGGUCGGCAAUAGUACUAUGAUUUGGUAUGUGGCCACUUUGAUAGCAAGUGUAUUCAGCACCAGGGGAACAGCAGCUCAAGGUGCCCACGGGCUGCGCGAGGAGCCCCAGUUUGUGACGGCGCGUGCGGGCGACAGCGUGAUUCUGGGCUGUGACGCCAGUCACCCGCUCAACGGGCAGCAGACGCCCUACGUGGUGGAGUGGUUCAAGCUCGGCGUGCCCAUCCCCUUCUUUAUCAACUUCCGCUUCUACCCCCCUCAUGUGGACCCCGAAUACGCUGGUCGAGCCAGUCUGCAUGGGCGGGCGUCUCUGCAGAUCGAGGCGGUGCGCUCGGAUGACCAGGGCUGGUACGAGUGCAGAGUCCUCAUGCUGGAGCAGCAGUAUGACACUUUCCACAACGGCAGCUGGGUGCACCUCACCGUCAACGCGCCCCCUACCUUCUCGGACACGCCGCCGCAGUAUGUGGAGGCGCGCGAGGGGGGCAGCAGCACUCUGAGCUGCACCGCCUUCGGGAACCCCACCCCCAUCAUCACAUGGCUACGCGAGGCGCAGGAGCUGACCACCACCAAGAAAUACACGGUGGGCUUCGGGACACUAACGGUGCUAGCGAUCACAAGGGACGACCGAGGAGCCUACACCUGCCGUGCUCACAACGACCAGGGGGAGGCAGUACACACAACCAGGCUGAUGGUGCAAGGACCUCCGUAUAUUGUGUCACCACCCGAGAACGUCACUGUCAACAUCUCCCAGAAUGCCAUGUUCACAUGCCAAGCCGAUGCGUAUCCUGGCAACCUGACCUACACCUGGUUCUGGGAGGAGGACAACGUCUACUUCAAGAAUGACCUUAAGCUGCGUGUGCGUAUCCUGAUUGACGGUACCCUGAUCAUCUUCCGGGUGAAGCCGGAGGAUGCUGGCAAGUACACCUGUUCCCCUAGCAACAGCCUGGGCAUCUCCCCCUCCUCCUCGGCCUACCUCACCGUCCAGUAUCCUGCGCGUGUGCUCAACAUGCCGCCCAUCAUCUACGUUCCGCGCAAGUUGCCGGGGGUGAUCCGCUGCCCCGUGGACGCCAACCCACCCGUCACCUCCGUCCGCUGGGAGAAGGACGGAUACCCGCUGCGCGUCGAGAAGUACCCUGGCUGGAGUCAGAUGCCUGAUGGGAGUAUCCAUGUGGCGGAGGUGACGGAGGACUCGCUGGGCACCUACACCUGCGUGCCUUACAACGUGCUGGGGACACUCGGCCCCUCCCCCCCGGCCACACUGGUGCUAAAGGAUCCCCCUUACUUUAACGUGAGGCCCGGUGGGGAGUACCGUCAGGAGGCUGGAAGGGAGCUGGUGAUCCCCUGCGCUGCUUCCGGAGACCCAGAGAUACCCACCAUCAGCUGGAGGAAGGUGGGGAAGCCCAGUCGCAGUAAGCACAACGUGCUCCCGAGCGGCUCUCUGCAGUUUGUGUCUCUGGGCAAGGAGGACCACGGCGAGUGGGAGUGUGUGGCCACCAAUGUUGUCACGAGCAUCACUGCCAGCACACGCAUCAUCGUCAUUGGUUCAAGUCCGCACGCCCCGAUCAGUAUCCACGUGAGCGCCAUGAUGAGUUCGGCUAACGUGUCGUGGGAGCCCGGCUACGACGGCGGCUUCGAGCAGACUUUCUCCGUCUGGUACGGCCCUGUGGUGAAGAGAGUGGACUUUGGGCCGCAUGACUGGCUGUCCAUGCCGGUGCCAGGCUCCCAGCUGUGGCUGCUGGUGACGGGGCUGGAGACGCGCACCGCCUACCAGUUCAGCGUGCUGGCCCAGAACAAGCUGGGCACCGGGCCCUUCAGCGAGGUGGUCACCGUCAACACAGUAGUCUUAAGUACCCCUGAACCACUGGUGCUUCUUACCCCACCACGGUGCCUCACAGCCAACCGCACACAGCAGGGCGUGCUGCUCACAUGGCUCCCGCCGGCCAAUCACACGGCGCCGGUCGACCGCUACAUCAUCGAGUUCCGUCUGGGGGAGAGGUGGGAGGUGCUGGACGACCUCAUCCCCGCCACCGAAACCGAGAUCGUGGCCCGAGACCUGGUCCAGGAUGCUUGGUAUGAGUUCCGAGCGCUGGCUGUCAUGGAUGACAUCAUCAGUGAGAGCAGCAAUGUUGUGGGAGUGUCAAGUACAGACCCCUUCCCCCCUACGGAGGUGGCGGAUGAGAGCCUGGCGCGGCCGGUGGUGGCGGGCAUCGUGGCGACCAUCUGUUUCCUGGCCGCCGCCGUCCUCUUCAGCACCCUGGCAGCGUGCUUCGUCAACAAGCAGCACCGACGCAAACUCAAACGCAAGAGAGAUCCCCCCUUGUCAAUAACACACACCAGGAAGAGCAUCGAAACUCCGCUGUCAUCAGGCAAGAUGAGUCCGGAGAGCAUGCAGUCGUCGCGCCCCCCGUCUCUGGCCAGCAUGGGCCCGCCGGGCCUGUACGUCAAGAGCCUGGGCAGCCCCAAGAAGGAGAAGGAGCUGUCCCUGUACAAGAAGACCAAGCGAGCAAUAACCAGCAAGAAGUACAGCGUGUCCAAGCACGAGGCCGAGGUGACCACGCCCAUCGAGCUGAUCAGCCGCGGGCCCGACGGCCGCUUCGUGGUGGAGGCCGGCGAGCUGGAGGCCGGCCUGCGCACGCGCCGCAUCCAGGGCUUCCCCUUUGUGGAGGAGUCGGACCUGUACCCCGAGUUCCGGCAGUCGGACGAGGAGAACGACGAGCCGGGGCCCCUGCCCCCCGUCAUGGCGACGCUGCGCCCCCAGAUCUCCCCCGUGUCCUCCAGCCAGGAGUCCUACGCGCAGCCCCCCGCCUACAGCCCGCGCCUGGCCCACAGGCCUCUGGAAGGUAUGAGCAUCUACGAGGCCGGCGGCGGCCCGCAGGCCACCGGCCAGAGCCGCGUCCCCCACUUCCACAGGCUCUUCCCGCACGGGCCCUUCUACGGGUACCUGGGUAGCGGCGUUGGCGUGGGCGUGAGCGUGGGCCUGGGCCCCCACGAGGCCCACGAGUUGCAGCCGCCCUUCUACCUGCCGGAAAGCAGCUCGCGCAGCUCCGUGGCCUCGUCCUCCCCGCCUCCAGAGGGCGCCUAUUCACACCCCCGCCUCUCCCUGGGCGACGGGCGGGACCUGAGGGGACCCCCGUACUCCUCCGGCCACGCUCUCCCGCUCUCCCCGUCCCCCGGCCCCCGUUCCCCCGAGCUCUGGCCCCCUCCCGACUUCCCCUUCCUCAGCCAGGAGGGGGCGCACCUGCUCCUGCCCCCGCACCACCGCGCCCUGCCCCCCGACCUGCCCCCCUACCCUCCGCCCCCUCUAGGCGCCCCGCAGUUCUCCUCCCUGCAGCUGCCCUCCGCCUUCCUCCAGCUGGAGGCCCCCAAAGGGCCGAUGGGGGGCCGCUCCCCCACCCAGGGCCCGCCCGGCUCACAUGGGCCCCUGGUCCGGCAUGUAACUAUGCAACAGGCGGCCAGUCUGGGCACGCUCAGACACACGGCGCACGGCAUGGGCGUGCCGGUGCUGCCGUACGCGGGCAUGCGGCUCGGCAGCCCCAGCACGCUACGCAGCGACAGCCCGGACGCCUGGCGCUCCGACCCGGAGCCCUGGCUGAGCCCGCGCUCCGCCCGCCGCGCCGACCCCGGCCAGCAGGUGGUGCUGCAGCCCUCGCGCCUCUCCCCGCUCACCCAGAGCCCGCCCAGCUCCCACGCCGGCUCGCCCGACAUCCUGGUGCGCCCCCCGCCGCCACGACCCAGCAUCCUGCGGCCCUCCCACUCGCAGGAGAUGCCCGAGACAGCGCGCCACCCUCCCCUCGCCCGCGUCAGCUUCUCCCAGGGCUCCUCCCCGGCCUCCUCCCCCACCCAGAGCCAAACCCACAUGCACCCUGUCCCCCGCCGGCCCAGCCCCUCCUAUCACGCCCAGAUGGCCUUCGCUACCGCCGCCGCCAGCUACCCCUCCCAGUCCCCUUCCCAGUCCCCGUCCCCCCCGACCCAGAUGGCCGCGUGCCCCUCCCAGCCGAGGAUGCAGGAGGAGAGGCCGCCCUCCGAGCCGUCGGCACACCAGCUGGCCUCCGCAGGCUAUCUGGCCAGCAUUGUUGUGACCAGGUCGUCCACUCCGUGAUAGGAAGCCCUUAGGGGCCGAAGGCGGAACACCUGCCGGGUCUGAGGGGUACCACACACAGCUUUUCCA